UACGACUUCAGACAUUGAAAAGUCUAUCAAAAAUUAUUUUGUCUAUAAUGUGGAUCACAGUGUGGAAAAGUUCAUCUUACGGAUGUAAGACAUUUUAUUUCCCAUGAUACCAUCACCGAUUCUCAGCCUAUUUACUUUUUCAGUACACCCAGCAUUAAUCUCAAUAACAAACAUCCUUUUAGUGUAGAUUUGAACUGACGUCGAAUAACAUCGACGAACACAAAUAUUUUAUUCAAAGAAUCCAAACCAAAAGCAUUCAAAAUGCCUAUAUUAUUUACAAUAAAAAAUCAUUUAACAAUUUUGGGCAUUUUACCGGUGCGCGAGCAACAUUUUCCCGAAAUAUUUCGAGAAUAUCGCUUGACAUUCAACACUGUUCACACUUUGUUCAUUUUGUCGAUGGUGAUGUGCUACACAUCUGCGGUGAUAUUGUUUCCAUUUUUGAGAAUAAACAGAUAUGAACAAUAUUUUCAAAGCGUUUUGUAUUGUUCGGUUUCAAUAUUACGGGCGAUUUUGUAUUCCAUUCUAAUUUCAAAAAAAUCCGAUCUAUCAAAUUUAUUUGACGAACUGGCCAAUAUUAUUGAGAAAAGAAGCAGCAAAAUGAAAAUUCGCGAAAUUUACGAUCAGGAAAUUACAAAAGCUGAGAACUUUGUGAAGAAAUUUUGGAAAUGGAUUUCUAUAUCGAUUGCAUUUUCAAUUCUUCCAAAGAUUCUUGUGGCGAUUCACGGAUAUUUUGCCUUCAAUCAUUCAACCGAUUCUUUCCAAUUGAUAAUACCAGUUGUAUUACCCUUUAUGUGGACAAAUCUUAGGGAUUAUCUUUUAAUAACAAGCACUCUGGCCGCUUGGUUCUUUGGCGGUAUGCUUAUAACUGUUACCACAUUGGAAAUUGUUGCUGGAUUUUCGACGUUAAUCAAAGCAUUCACUAUGGAUAUCAAACAGAGUUUGAACGAUUUCAACAUCUCAAUCGCUGGCAGUGACCGAAAUUUCAAUGCUAAAGAGCGCAUUGACAUUUAUCAACAGUUUUGUGAAAUCAUCGAAUUUCAUUGCACCGCAAAAGAAUUUACCAAUCGCUUCUCAGCUUUUUAUGGCCCUGUCAUAGCGACCUUCUUUUAUGUGUCCAGCACAUCGAUCUGUGCAUCAUUACUAAGCUUGAAUGCGGCUUUUGAACUGCAUAACACGGCCGAUGUUGUAAGCAUGAUUGUGGGUCUCUCUUAUGUUGUACUUUACAUUGGCAUCUUCUGCUUUUUCGGUGAAGAAGUAACAAAGGGAUUUGACGAAAUCAAUGAGGAUAUUUAUGAAUGCUCUUGGGAAGAUUUUGCAAUGGAAUUGAGAAAACUCUUUGUCACGAUGUUAAUUGGUGCCCAAGAUCCAAUCUACAUUCAUGGCUAUAUGAACACGCGUUGCACUCGUCAGGUUUUCCAAUCGAUUUUUAAUGGUGCAUAUUCUUACUUUUCUAUGUUGCGGGGGUUUUAAAAAUUGAAUGAUUAUAUUUCAAUCAACGGGCGAAUUUUCUCGAUUUUCCAGUGGAAAAUCGAAUAAAAUAAUAAGAAAAGGAGCCAUAACAUCUGAAAGCUGAAACAAAUUGGGUGGAAUACGGUUGAUCUAUAAGUGCUCAGGAUUGUGAGAAAUUUGCACGCUUUACAUUGGAAAAUCCACCCAAUUUCAAAAUAAAUUUAUAAAAUUGUACUGCCGCACUGC